ACUUCUGAGGAAAAGAUCUCCGUUCUUAUCCCAGCACAGACCUCCAGGAGGUCCAGAGGGAGAAAAAUGGGCAACAUGGCAACAGAGAUUGUCGCCUUUGUCCUGACCAUCUCUGGCUGGAUCCUUGUGUCAUCAACUCUGCCCACAGAUUACUGGAAGGUGUCCUCUGUGGAUGGGACGGUCAUCACCACAGCCACAUUCUGGUCCAACUUGUGGAAAACGUGUGUUACUGAUUCCACUGGUGUGUCAAACUGCAAGGAUUUCCCUUCAAUGCUGGCUCUAGAUGCUUAUAUCCAGGUGUGUCGGGGUCUGAUGAUCACUGCUGUGUGUCUGGGUUUCUUUGGUGCCAUCCUCGCCCUAGUGGGAAUGAAGUGCACAAAAAUAGGAGGUUCAGAAACAACCAAAGCUCGUCUGACUGUCCUCUCCGGCUUCCACUUCAUCCUCAGUGGCCUGUGCUGCAUGAUUGCAUGCUCUAUAUAUGCCCGCAGGGUCACAACUGAUUUCUUUGAUCCCCUCUUUGUUGCUCAAAAGUUCGAGCUGGGAGCUGCUCUCUUCAUCGGCUGGGCUGGGUCUGUGCUGUGUGUCCUGGGAGGCCUUGUCUUCUGUCUCUCCCUCUCGGAAGGAUUCAGUGUCAGAACUGAAUUCUCCCAUAAUGGAGCUGCAUCUUUUGUGGAAGCUCGCAACAAGCACAGUAAGAUGACUAACAGUCUUCACAAGGAAACAGGGGAACACUCAAGGCAGUUUGGAAAAAAUGCCUAUGUGUGAAAAUUGACUCAAGAAACCAAUUCACUUGGAAAGAGUUCACUUUCCGAUCUUUUGGGCAAGAACUAGUUAUUGGAAAGUGAUUUGGCACCACACAGUUCAAACCCUGAGGUCACCUUCAGCACCUGCUUAACUGUGCAUCUAUUAAAUAUGUAUUUUGUAUUAUUC